UAAUCUCCACUUGCCCUACAGUAGAAAAGUAAUAUUUUUGUAAUUUACAUUUCCUUGUGCAUUGAAACAACUCUAAUCUAUAUGACACUUUUGGGUUUAGUGCUUAGUUUUGAUGGUAAUAAUAAACUACUGGAAUGCAUUGUAUUUCAGGUUUCGUGCAAAAUGUGUGCACUGAGAGCAUGACCCCAAGAAAACGAGUUUGCAGUGAAUUGGAGCGAGCCAAUACUGCUUUCUCUCUUGAAGACAUCGCACAUCGUUUGGCUUACUCUCAACCAGAAACACCAACCCCUUCUGUGAUAAAUACUGCUGUUUGUGGAGACAAUAUGGAUUUGAGAGUGGUGAGCUUCUCUCAGCCUGCCCAGCCUGAAAACCUACUGCUAUCACAAUUAACUCAAGGAACACAAGCCAGUCAAACACCACUGCAGCGCUUGGUUAAACGAAUGACAAGAAUACUCGUGAGGACCACUCUUGAAGACACUUUAACCCAUCUUGAGGCGUUGUUUAACAAAAUGCAUUAUACCUAUCGCUAUCACACGGCUCAUGUUAUGACUGUGACAACAUUGGACCGUCGAGGUGCCCAGUUGGUUCUCAAAGCCAGUGUACUUGACAUGGGACAGAACAUUCUUGUUGACUUCCGUCUGUCUAAGGGUUGUGGAUUGGAUUUUAAGCGGCAUUUUUUGCGUAUCAAAGAAGGAUUAUCGCACAUCAUUGUUAAAGGGCCAGUCACUUGGAAUAUGGCCAUGGCCACCAACAUGCUUCCUGCAUAAUGACCAAUAAAUAAUGCAUUGAUGAGGUUUUUAUAGCCAGAAUAGUAAUUUUGUUAUUCUUUGUUUGAUUAUGAUACUUUUUUUUUUUUUUUUAAACAUGCUGAAAGCCAUGUUUACCGAUGAAGACAGCAUUUGUUUUUAGAUGUUGACCCCGUGGAGUGUUUGGUGCUUACCCAUUUACAGCUUCAGCCUAAUCUUCCUUUCAUUUAUAGGUAUGUAUUUUUCAUUUUAGGUUUUACAUUUAGUUUUCAACUAUUGUCCAUAUAUUAGCUGCAUUGCCAGUAGUGCAUAGCCAUCACAGUUUAAAUGACCCUUCAUCUGCAAUAUAACUAUCCAGCCUUCAGAGUGCUGGCACCAUUUUUGCCAGAAGGACUAGCCUGGAUAAUAGUUUCUUUGAAUCCAAUGAUAGUUACCUUGUUUACACUAUUCAUACAGUACUAUUUCAUAAAUAGGUUCACUAUUUUUCCCUCUUGUCCAGAAUACUUAAAUUUAGUCCUAUAAUUAUAAUCUAGCAGGGACUUCUGUUUCUUAUUAUUAACCUUCUCUCUCGGGCAUAUGAACUUAGUGCUUGUUUUCUUAUUAUAAUUAUCUCUCCAUAGGUUUGUUCUUGCAGAAAUUCCUUUUUAUUUGGAAUUUAACCAUUUUUUUUUCCUCCAGAGAUUGUGCAUAACAUCUGACAUUCCUUUGGUGAUGCCUCUUUCCUUUUAGUUUCUUUUAUCUCUAAUAGCUCUCCAGUAUCUUUUGCUCGUGUUGUCAGAGGUGGAAUACAGAAUUAAAAUACAAUCUACUGAUGCAUUUCUCAUGUCUAAAUUAAAAACUUGCAGUGAUCAAUAAGAGAAUAUUGCACUGUGAGAAUAGGUCACUAGCUUGCACAACACUUUUUUAUCUGAAAUAUCACUUCUCAGAUGCAAGUAGCUCAGAUGAAUAUGCAUUUUGUAAAAAAAAAAAGUUACUAAUGAAUGCUGCAACAAAAAGGUAAAAGGGAACAAAGAUGUCUAGUUUGGGAGCAAUGUGUGCUUUGUGGUUCAUCAGGAAGAGAAUUUGGAGCAUAGAAAUUUAAACUUGAUAUGGGGUGACCAAGGGUGUAGAGGGAUGAAGAGGAAUUAUUGAGGUGGUUUAGGCAUGUAGAGGCAAUGGAAAGGGAUAGGUUGAUAGAGGGUGUAUAAAUAUGGAGUGGACGGAGAGGAAGAAAGGUUAACGUUUAUGGCUUUGAGUAUCAAGCAGACUUGUGUGAGCAUCUUGGACUAGGAGUGCAUGGAGAAAAGUGGUUUUUAAAGGAUGCGUUGAGAGGAAAACCUGGGAAAACUGGUUAGCCAGAGGGAUAGGGAUGUUGCAGCCAGAGGAUAAUCUGAUUGUGAUAUCAACACACUUCUGGAAAGACUGCAGUUGAGCGAGUUUUCUUCUUUAGGUCACCCUGCUUUGGCAGUAUACGGCUGCAGUUAACCCGUAAAGGGUCCAAACGUAUAUAUACAUUUUUUCCGCUAGUGCCCCAAACGUAUAUAUACGUUUUGUCAUACAUUCAACAUUGCCACGAUAAGCCUGAGUCGCCUAAACAUGAGAGAAUGGGUGUGCGCACUCACUGCACCAUAUUAAAAUAAUUGGGGAUGCCUGUAUACCAUAUGCUCUUUUUUCCUAUUAAAAAAAAAAAAAUUUCCUAAAAGUUGGGGCACUACGGGAGAGAA